GUCCAUUCCGACAAAUACCCACACGCACACGCACACGCACGAUCGAACAAAUAUCGUCUCCUGAUGGCAUGAACCAUACCAUCACACGGGGACAAGACAUCAGUCUGAUCCCCAGUCGUCCCCUAAAACAGAGAGCGGCUCGCAACACCACAACGCCAUCACACGCCACACGCAUAAACACAACAAGCAGCAUUGUCCCUCCCUCUCUCUGUGCACCACCAAGCCCGCACCCCUCCCUGCCCUGCUGUCUCUCUGUCUAAGUCUCCGACAUGUGUGUGUUGCCCGAGUGCUCGGUCACCGACCGCGGCGCGGGUGGUUUGCGCUCCAGGUCGGUGGGUGAGCUCCGGGCCGAUGUGGCGUGCGAGAGGUGUGGGUUGAGGUUGCGGAAGAAGCUGGUGGGCGUCUCGCGUGGGUAGGGGACCGACCCGAUGUUGCAGUAGGCGCUAAAGAGCCCCUCGUCGGGGGUCUGCCACUCCAACACUGCCGCGUCCAGCUCCUCCCAACGGUCCACGAAGCGGAGGUCCUGCGCGUGCACCUGACGAUGACGCCUGCACGGACAGACGACCACGCAGGGAGAGGGAUAUAGAUGGAUGGGGUGACGUAUCCCUCCCAUGUCCACUGCCGACCGACCGUCUUGGUAUGGCCUCUUUGAAGUUGACGGACGAGUGUGGCUGCGACAUGAUCUCGUCGAAGGACGUCAGGCCCUCCGGUGGGUGCAGGUACGCCAAGGGCAGACGCACAUUCGGCGGCACACCUGCACACAGACAGACAGACAGACAGAGACAUAAUAGCAACGGUUGAGACCAACGCAUGCUCACGCCCGGCGUGUGUGCCAGCCAAGCCAGUAUGCUCACAUGUGACGGCUGGCACAUCCACGUGCACAUCUGGGUUGGGGAUGUGCGGCGGAGCACACAGGGCGCACGCGUCGAUGAAGGACCAGCGACUCCUCGACGUCAUGGGAGCAGACACGUCCUCGAUGACGUCAUAGCCCUCAUGGGGGUGGCCGCCAUCUCUGGGGUGUGGAGGCGAGACGCGAGACCCUUCCUGCACACGGAGGGGCGAGCAUGGACAGAUAGUGGGGUCUGGGUGUGUCUGUGUGUAGGUUUCCUUCCACCCACUUACCUGCAGGAGUGCGUCUUUGGUCGGGUAGAGGUCCAGCUCCCAGAUGUGGCGGCCCUGCGCAACGCACACCAACGGGAGAGCAUACACACGUCCAUCACGAGUUCCAUCCAUGAAUAGAAUAGCGACAGGCAGGCAGGCAGCACAACAAAAACGAUAGAUCUGAUGGAUCAUUCCGACCGACCGACCUUUGGCCUGGGGAUGAACUUGCCGCAGAAGAGAUCCACGGCCCUCUGCUUCUCAAGGUCACUAAACACAUUCGAUAUGUACCUGAAUACACACACACACACACACACACGCCCUCUCUCUCCAGUCCACGCACACACAUCCAUCCAUCCAUCCAUCAAGCCCUCGUCUCACCUCCUGACAGCAAUCAGGGCGUUGGAUCUCGUCUGCGACUUCCACUGCCCAGGCUCGCUCUCCUCCAGCUGCGGCCGAUGCAACGCCGCACUGCCGCCAUACUGAUGGGCCAAGGGGUCGCCGAUGGAGCCCCACAAGUCCAUCAACAGAGAUAGCAGGGGGGCGGGGAGGGGGGAGAACUCUGACCCCAGAACUGCAGAAGAUUGUGAGAGAGAGGAGAGAGAGAUGGAUGGAUGGAUGGAUCGAUGUGUGUGCAGCACCUACCGUCCUCGUCUUGGUCGUGUUCCUCGGGGGAUGGGAGGCACCCCAUGGCCAUCAGCUGACGAUACAGAGCCUCUUGUGCAAUCUGAAGGCAGGCAGGCAGGACACAUUGCUCUGUACCCGAUUUGGGCGUGUGUGUGUGUGUGUGUCUGACUUACAGCGAACAUGCCGAUGUUUGUGCGGUCAAGACAAUCGAUGCAGUUGACACGAGGGACACCCUCCUGCAGUGCAGAGCAGCCAGCCACACACACCCAAUCCACACACAUAUACCCUCCCUCCCUCCAUGCCAUUCGUACAGACACACCUGCACACACAACACACCUGUGCAUAUGUGACCCUGGCGCCGUACUCGACGUGGUCGAGGAAGAAGCCGUUCAUAUCCACAAUGGCCGCAGCCCACUCAAACAGCAGCUUCAGCGCACCGUCCGUCCCGGAAUCCUUCUGCUGACCAAGCCAGUCAAACGCCAAAUACUUGACCUCUCGACACACAUGAGCAGCCGCCCCCUCACACACGCCACCGCCACCGCCGUCACCCUCUGUCGCUCCCGGAGUAGCGGCAGCAGCAGUGGCGGCCGUUUGGAACUGCGAGUUGAGGUGCCUCGGCGACUGGAAAGACGAUACGGGUGUCCUGGUGCUGAGAGUGAGGGGUGGGGAGGGGGGGAGGGGUGUGGGUGUGGGGGUGGGGCUGCUGCCGCCCGGUGAUGGAGCGACAGCUGUGGCGGCGGCGUCCUCUUGGUGCCAGAGGGACUGCACGUGGGCGAUGGCGCCCUCAAAUGCACGCGCCAGGGGCACCUCCUUGUGCGUCUCGGGAUUGUCCCGCACCAGAUUUAGCACCACGAUGGGAGAGCCAUACCUGACGGAACCGAGAUAAAAGAGAGCGAUGACGGUCCUUCCUUGUUUCGACAGGAGUGCAUUUGCUUGCAGACCGCUUGGUGAGGUCGUCGAAGUGGAGUUUGGUGCUGUUGAGGGACGGAUCGACCUCCGAAUGGAGCACCAAAUCAGGCUUGGGCGAUACCUGUAGAGACGAAAUCAGCACAUGAAGCCUUCUUUCUUUCCUUCUUCCCUCUCGCUGCAUUGGUUCGUCUGCCCACCGACCGACCGUACCGUGUUGAUAUGUCCCCAGAAGAGCGGAAUGGACCCCCUCAGCUGCACAAUGGACGCCACUCCCCGAAUGCCCCUCCCCACCCUCGCCGUGCUGGCCGCAUCCUCCACCACCAGCUGCUCGCACUCUACCUCAUUCGCCACCCUACCAGCCCCAUUCACGCCGCGCUUGAAGUAUCGCGGCCCCACGUGGAAGCGCGACCGCCGAGCAAUCAGCGUGAUGGAGAAUAGCCGCUGGCCGAUGGCGAGAAAUCGCUGCUCGACGGCGCCUUGGAUGGCAGGCAGCGCCCAGUGGGAAGCGGGGUGGGGUGAGGGGACGGGUGCCGAGGCAGCGGGUUUCAGCGCAUCGAUCAACGGCCUGAUUGGAGAAGACACAUGCACAUUCCGACCGUCGUGGAUGGAUGCGUGUGCGUGUGCAUGUGUGGGUGUUUUUCUCGCUCCACUGACCGCAGCAGGAAGGCGUUGGUCACGAACCGGCCGUUGCAAAUGUGCCCCCCGUUCCCUGAUGCAUCUCUCGGAGGCACCGUCCUCGGUGUGGGCGCACUCUUCAGCACCCUUGGCCGCAGUAUCGACCUUCUCGGACCAAGGCCAGACGCCGUGCUCACACCAGCGCUUUCGAGCAGCACGUGAGACGGCGACGGCAGAUGGCUCAGAAGAAAUGAGUGACGUGCCGGGCCGGGAAAAGGGGAAGGGGAGGCGGACGGGAGCUCGCGCCCAUGGAGGGGGGAGGGGCUGGGGAAAGGCAGUCGGCGUGCGCAACGGCUGUCUUUCCUGUCGGGUGAGAAAGACCGAGUGGAAGCAAACGUCGCCCCGAAGGAGAGAUUGCCGUCCCUGGUGUGGCGCGCCGUCUCCCCAUCUCUAUCACGAUCUCGAUCACGGUCACCCUUGCAGGCGCUGCGUCGUUUCCUCUCCCCGCGUGCGGAUGUGCGGGAGGCGACGGGCUGCGCCGUGGGGUCUAGGAGGGAGGUCUGGUCCUGCACGCACCUCGUGAGGUCCCAUGUGUAUGAGAAGAAGAAGGUGUCGAAGAGCACCUGCUGGAACAGCUGCUUGUACCGCACCUCGUCUGCACUUCGGGUGCCGCGCUCGCGACGCAGACGGGCAGCGACCUGGUGGACGAAUUGGAAAGAUGAUCAGACAGACAGGCAGACCUUCUGGUGCAUCCACACAUACCUCAGGCUUCAGGCAGCUGAUGAGGCUGACUUUGUCGACGGCGAAGACCAGCCGGCCGCCUAUGUUGGCGACGCGAUGCUUCUCGGUCACCAGCACCAGAUAAUACCCCUCCAAGAACCUGACAUCCAAUCGCAGUCGCACACAGUCUUUUCUGUCACGCCUGUCUUGCUUGUUUCUUUGCAAUGAGUCGUGUGCCCACCUGAUGAAUCCCAAGAUGCCAUCGGCACGCUGCACAGUGGCGCCCGACUUGAUGAGCCGCCCAGUGAGCUCUGCUGCCGCAUCGGCAUCAAUGGCCGCUUCUUCAAGGGCCAAGCUGAUGACGGCCUUGUCAAUUGUCAGCUUCCUGAAGCCUCCGCCCUCGUUUUGGCGUCCCAAUAGAUAGAGCCGCUCAGGCGUUUCAUAGAGGUGGAUGCUCGUGCAUAAGCUGCUUGCUUCCAUCAAUACAGUACCGAUGUAAUGAUGAUGGUCACUCCUGCAGUCUCGA